UUUUUUUUUGGUAAUCCUUUUAGCCAGGAUGAGCUCCGUCUAGUCGCUGUCAGGGAAAGGGGGAGGUGACGUGGUGGGAGGGGCUGAUGUGGGCGAUAGUGCCGAGUUUAGCACUUUGCAACAUGAUCCGCGCACACCACGGAGAGGCCGGGCUCUGCGGUCCUGCGUCCUGCCAGCCCACCGCUACACAUGGAGGAGACCGGAUAGAGCAAAACUAACGAGGGAAUGACAAAGAGAGAAGGUGGACCGUCUUCCUCUGGCUUGUAUGAUCCCGCACAGCAUCAGCAGCUCCUGACAAAGCAGAGACAAACAACAGACAUGAGGGUGACGGGAAGGGUGACUGCCGGUGCUUAUUGCGGUCUGCGUCAAACCUCUUUCACCAGAUAAUGCCCUCGGUGCCUCUUUAAGGACUUUCCUUGGAUUUUGUUAGCUUACAUGCUGCGGGGUUCAUGUCGGCAUCUCGGGGAAAACAUCCAGCAGGGACAGUGAUGGUUAGCCAGUCUCAGUCACUCUCAGCAUCUGCAUUGUAAGGGGGAGAAACUGGUCCUGCGGGAGUGGGAUUGUGGAGGAAAAUGCAGAGAUAAGGAGGACGAGUUUUUGUUGUUGCUUUCAAACCAGGUAGAGCCAUCAUAGUUGGAUAACUCGGUGUUGUUGUUCGGCAUCAUGAACUCCAUUUACUUCUCCGACACCCAGCCCGGGCCGGUCUGUGGCGUCCCGUCCAGUUCGGGCGCGGUAACCAGCGCCCUGCGAAAUGACCUGGGCUCCAACAUCCAUGUGCUGAAGACCCUCAACCUGCGCUUCCGCUGCUUCCUCGCCAAAGUGCACGAACUGGAGAGGAGAAACAAACUGCUGGAGAGCCAGCUGCAGAAAGCCCUGCAGAGACCGCAACAACGCCACUUUUACACCCGGGAAGUUGCGGUGCAGACGGACGGCCCGGAGUCCAGAAUGCCGGGUACCAUCUGGAGUUUCACCAGCGUCCGGAGGCAAGGGGAGCGCUUUGAGACCCUGCACGGGCCCGGGGUGACGUGGACGCAUCCGGACGGAGUUGGGGUCCAAAUAGACACCAUAACCCCUGAACUGAGGGCUCUGUAUAACGUGUUGGCCAAAGUCAAGCGGGAGAGGGACGAGUACAGGAGAAAAUGGGAGGAGGAAGUGUCCAAACGAGAGCAGAUGGAGUCCACGGUGGAGUCCCUGCAGCAGAGUGCCCAGGAGUCAUCCGAGGUCCGGGACGAGCUGAGCGAGAAGGUGGACCGACUAAAGGCUGAGCUUGUGGUCUUUAAGAGUCUAAUGAGUGAUCAGCAAAUGUCGGACCUGGACACACAGAUCCAGGAGAAGGCCCGGCGGGUGGACAUGGACAUCUGCAGACGGAUCGACAUCACGGCCAAACUGUGUGACGUGGCUCAGCAACGCAACUCAGAGGACAUGUCCAAGAUGUUCACCGUCAGUCCAGCCAGGUCGCUGCCGGAGAGGGGUGCUGGAGCGUGCUGUAGGAGGAAAGAGCGUAAGGCUGUGUCUGACGAGGAGAGUUCAGAGAUGGAUGCAGAGCCCAGCUCCACAGAGGAGGAGGUCCCCGCAUCACUCAACAUCACGGACGAAAUGAAACGCAUGCUCAACCAGCUACAUUGUUCAGAUAACUCCUUUGUUGCCAGGCGCGAGACGUUCGAUAUCGACGACGACUGCGACAGUCUGACGUGGGAGGAAAACGAGGAGACUCUGUUGCUGUGGGAGGACUUUACCAACUACAACAUACCGCACGCCAACGCUGCGACAUCAUGCACGAGCACCGCCCCCGGUGACAGCAACACAGAGGUAGCUGAUCCAGAUUCCCAGGAAGGAAGUCUUGGCAGCCUCAUUGAUGAAACAGAGUCACUAUUUAAGACCAGAGACCAAGAGUACCAGGAGACCAUCGGACAGAUCGAGAUGGAGUUGGCCACAGCAAAGAGCGACAUGAACAGACAUCUGCACGAGUACAUGGAGAUGUGCAGCAUGAAGCGAGGUCUGGACGUGCAGAUGGAGACAUGUCGACGGAUGAUAAAAGGUGGCAGGAACUCUCCCUCUAUCAGCUCUGUGGCCAGCAGCGACUCAGGGAACACAGAUGAGAUCCAGGACGAGAUUUCGGACAAGGACGCAGAGGCCGAAGUCCCCGUUAGUUGAUGCUUGCGUAGCCCAGCUUUGUCCUUUCUCCUCUUGAACGGGCCCCGUCGAUGUCACUAGGGCCUAACAUGUAGAGAGCUCUGUCUUCAUAGAGAGGUGAAACGACCUAAAUGUGGGUUUGACUGGUUAAAAGUUCUGGUGGUUGUGCUCGCUGAUGCAGGCCCAGAACUGGUGCUUUUAUACUAUGUCUGUUGUUUAAUAAAAAAAGGUGGGGGUACUUUCUUUGCUUCACUAGAGGAAAGGGUGCAAAUAAGGUCCGAGUUGUUCUCUCUUCCUCACUGCUGCCUCGCUGGAUCCUCGUCCAGAGCUUCACAUUAUUUAAAGGGAGGGAGAGAAAAAAAACAGAAGCAUUUUCAACUCGGCUGAGAAGUUUUUUGUACAAAUUCUUAACUUAAUUGUCCUUUUUUUAUAAAGGAGUUCAAAAUAGUACAUAUUGUGCUCUCUAUAAUAAUCUCAAAAUAACACUCCCGUCCUUUGCUUUACUUUGAAAUCCUUCAUUUGAAUGAGACGUGUCUGCGGCCCUCAGCUGGAACACUGUGUUGUUUGUGUUUGCAGUCCAAAUUAAAGUGCUGGUUUUUGUUUUUUUUAAGUGUCUCCUGCCAAAGAGACAAAACAAGCAGUGGAGAUGGAUUGGUGUGGGGAGUUCUGGUGGUUUCUGAGGGAACUCUGCAGAGUUGCCAAAGUUGACAGAGGAAAGGAGCACAGCCUUUUGAUGCAUCAGUGCAUUACUGAAGUUCUAUGCAAUUCAUCUGGCCUUAUUUUUGGACUGGCUUUCACUCUUCCUCGUUUCCCUUAAAGAACAAAAUCGCCUUUUGAAGCAAAGCAGGUGUUUUCUACGUAUCAUUUUGAGAAGCGUUUAUGCGUUUGAGUGUGGAAUAAUCUAGGGAUUAUGGGAUUUUCUUCUUCUUUUAAGUACAUACAGAGUAAAAACUGGAACAGUGCCCCCUCGUCAAGGGACUUGUAUCUUUUAUGUCUCUAACAUUUGCCUGACUUGCUUCUGAGAACACGUUCAGAUUGUGUUGUAAUUAACGGAGGAAACAUGGUUCACAUUAAGUACCAUUUUAAAAGGUUAAAAAUCUGUAGUUUUUUAUAAAAGACUACAUUUUAAGUUACAAAAGCCAAACAUUGCCCUCCAAUAUCUUAGGAAAAAACCAAAGGAAACAUUUUCAAAAGCUUCCAUUUCACAUGAUCUUUGUAGAUACUUCUUAUUUUGGUACUUUGUUUAUGUGUGUUUUCAUUUCAUGCUGCCGUGCAGGGGACUCUGUUCCUGCUUUGUCUCUUCAUAGCCGGGGCUUGAAGGUGUCAGAUUGAACACAGAGGGCUGAAGGCACGUGAUCGUAUCGUAUACCCUAGAGGCCUUUUGGUUUGUAUGAGCGUUCUUGUCACAGAUUGAGUCGUUUCACAUCUUUUCAGCGCUCUCACUGAAAGAAGCGUAAAAAGCUAAAGGACGCGUGGAGAGACAGAAGUGAUCUUUUUAUCUUUGUAUCAUAAUGUAUGUUUGAUUUGCUGAAUCACAGAUUAAGUGCUACUUCUAUCUGGAGGUUUUCUAGAAGCAGAAUGUUUAAUUUUUUUUUUGUUAUUUCAGCAUGUUUGUGUGGAGAGAAAAAGAGCGAUGGUUGUUUAUAUACCGUUUUUAAAAAAAAAUCUAAAUAGCUGCACAGCAAAUACGCGCCAUGUUUUAAAUCUGUCAUCUCUUAUCAUAAUCGUUCAUUAACUGUCUUUCAGGCAGAAAAUCUAUUUUUCACUGUGUUUAAUCAUUUCAUGUUAACCCAAAAAAAUGUUGUUACUCUUUAUUUUGCAGGAUUUAUUAAACCAUUUCCACGAGUUUGGGUCUCUUAUUGACCAGAUCAGAUAACCUAUAACUAAACUAAUGGAUGAUAUAAGACAAGAGUGAGGCAGAUCCUCGCUCACUGAGAAGCAACAUGUCAUUUGACGUUAAAGAGUCGAUGUAAAAACCAGCCUGUUAAGAAACAAAGAGCCAUUCUUUUACUGCUACUGUACUUUGUAUCGACAACAUCAAAUGCUCUGUUUACUGAUUGUAGAGCUGUGACACCCAGACAGCAGGACUAUCUACACUGUUCACUGUUUUUACAUAUAAACAUGGAAGCCCAUGGAGAGUCUGAUCAUCAUACAAACCCAUAGACUAAAACAUAACGUAUGGAAAGAUGUCAAAGAUGUAAUUCAAGUGGAGUUUUCUGAUAAUCAUACCCGUAUUGGAAGUGCUUUAGAAACAGCCUUAAAUGUUGCUCCUGGUUUGGAGGGUACACCCGUCAAUGUAAUGAUCUGAAUCCUUCAUUCAUUAGCCCCCAAUACACUGGGGUGUUUGUUUGUCUUUUCCCAAACAGCAGCCUGCACAGAAGUGUUAUAAAUCAUUCUAUUAUAUAUAUUUGUAUGACUUUUACUGGCACUAAUGUUUAAGAACAGCAAAGACGAACUGAUUUCAGGUCAAUUAUACAUCAAACAUAAAACAGUGACGCAAGCAGAGUGUGUGGUGCAGGAAUCUGUUUUCACCAUCACACACUUUGAGGGUACAUUUUCUUUCCAAGUUAAAAUAAUCCCAUUGAAAAGAAAAAAUCCUGCAUAUCACUUUUGCUCGGCAGCACUUAUUUAUUAGAAAACAAAUCACAGUGUGUCAGUCCCUCUGAACCUUUGUGAAAUGUGUUCUGAGAGAAAGAGAGAAAGUGAAGACACACCUCUGAAAGGUUCAGAGGGACUGAAACGCUGUGAUUUGUUUUCUAAUAAAUUAUUGCUGCCGAGCAAGAGUAGUGUGUGGGAGGUUUUUAUUUUCAAUGUAAUAAGUGGAUGUCCUACACACCUUUUUUGAGAUAGUUGGAUGAUGAACGCCUCCUUUAAAACAAAGUAAAAAUAAUCAAAGUAGGGGAACUUUCAGAAGAAAGGUAGUCCAUUCAGAACAAUGGUAACCGUAUUACAUCCACACAGGGUCAGUAAUAUACAGCUCUGUCAUUGGAAGGAGUACUCUUAUUGGCUGAUACUCAAGUUAUCGUAAUCAGUAUGAUUCUAUAAAAAACACAAACUCACAUUUUCAUCUCCUGAUUCCAACAACAUCCACUCAAUCAAAGUGUGGAAACCCUUCCCUUAAUGAAUGUAUCUGGAUUGGAGGCCUCUUCUAAAGUCAUUACAAGUAGAAACUGAGCAAAAAAAAAAAAAAAGAUGUAGCUGCUUAAACCCAGGGAUAAAAGGUGUCCUGUUACCUAUCGGGGACCUUGGUAUGUUUGGCUUCAUUAAAGUGGUUCUUCCUUACAGCAGCCUUCAGCGUGUGACCUGUGUGUCCGCUAGUGAGCUCCUGGUGGAUGUGAGUGUUUCAUACAAAAACAAGGGGGUUUUAUACGAUUGGUUUUUAUCAGUGUAGCACCAGGGUUAUGUGUUUGUUUUAACUGUCAUGACAACAGGACGUUUUACAUGUUGAUAUUUGCCAUUAUAUAUCGUUGUUGCUUAUGUUUGAUGUCAUAAAAACACGGCAGGAGAUAAAAAGGUGCAGCAAUACUUGUAGCCAUAUCGGGGUUCGAUAUUCUGAACUGUCUGACAGGUUCCAUCCUGUGACUCUCACUUUACGUGCUUCAUUUGUUCUGCUUUAAUUUAAUGCUUUUCUCUUCAUUGUUUUUCUUUGAACUAUGGAUACAGUGUAUUAAUGUGGGUCUGGGGACGUUGAAACAAGUAAUGAAUGUACUCUAUUGAUGCUGUGGAAAACUAAAUAAAAUGGUGGAUUGGAUAGAAA